AUGGGGCCACGUCGAGCUCCCGCACUCCUCGCGCUGGCGGCGUUCCUGGUCGUCUGCGCCGCGGUUCUCCCCGCGCCCGUCGUCGCCGUCGACAUGCUUCGACGGGCGGGAGACGCGGCCGCGGCGACCGGCGCUGCGGACGGCGUCGCGGUGAUCAGGGCUCAGUGCGAGCAUCGGAUAUCGGCGCUGGAGGCGUCGUCCUCCGCUGCGCUUAGGGAACACGAGGAGAAGGUGGCGUCGCUCACCGAGGAGCGCGACGAUCUGGCCGCGACUGUCAAGCGAUACAAGCGCGGGCUGCUCAACCUCGAGUCGAAGCGGAAGGACGAGGUGGCCAAGCUGGAGCAGGCGCUGCGUCUGGCGGAGAGCGGCGAGUGUCCGACGCCCACCCUCACGGACUACGUCGCCCCCGCGCUGGACUCCAUCCGCCGCGCGUGGAGCGACGCGCGUGCCGGCGUGGCGGACGCCAGCGACGUCGCCGCCAGAGCCGUCUGGUCGAGGACCAGGUCGGCGCUCGCCGCCGGAGUAGGAGCCCGGCGCGCGGUCAUCUCCCGCGCGUCCGCCGCGGCGCGCGGGCUCUUCCCCGACGACACGCACGACGACGCUCACGCGAGGGAGACGGCGCGGACGGCCGUCGACGUCGUCAUCGGUGCGAUUGUCGCCGUCGUCGUCGUCGCGGCGACGUCGCGGAUAUCGCCACCGUUUCGCGGUCGAAAGUCGAGGGUCGGAUCAAAGGGUCGGAGCACCAGGAUAGAGGUGGUCGACGAGGACGACGAGGAGCUCCGCGGCGGCGCGGUGAUGGAGGGCGACGAAGGGGCGGUGGAGUGGAAGACGUACCGGGCGAGGGUACCGGACGCGGGCCGGGUUGAGAUUGAGGGGCCGAAGAGGGUCGUGCAGCGAUGGGGCGCGCGGCUGCCCGACGCCAUCUCAGCCGCGGCCGAGGCGUUCGACGAUAAACCGGAAGAUUUCGACGACGAGAAGGAGCUCCCCGGGCCGCCCGCGUCGCCGGAGGAAGAGCACGCGUCGGACGAGGAGGCGGAGGAGGAGGCGCCCGAUCCGGUCGCCGCGGAGGAAAAGUUUGUCGAGGUGCUCCGAGAGCGAGCGCCGCCCGCGAGGGUCCCCGCGCGCGUCGUCCAGACCCGGUCCCCGGCGCCGAUGCCGGAGUUGAGGUCCAGGACGUCGAGCGGCGGCGGCCGGCCCCGCGCCGCGCCGGCUCCGCGCACGCCCCCGCAGGCUCCUACAGCCGGACGCUCCACCCGCAUACCCCGGCUCCCCCACCCGGGCUCCACCGCGGACGUCCUGGACCUCAACUCCGCGUCGGACGAUCUCCUCUCGCAGCACCCGUGGGGUGACGACGGGGGCGACGGAUGGGCGGACACGAUGGGCACCCCCGACUUUCAGAAGAAGGAGAACAAGCUGGGCAGCCCGAGUAAGCUCCCGGUGGCGAGACGCGCGGCGGGCGCGAGGAGGGUGAGCGCGCCGCUGGUGCAGACGACUUCGCCGAACGUGGUGAACGCGCCCGGGGUUAACACUAACCCUAACCCUAAGGCGACGCCGCCGAGCGGGAAGUUGCGGCUGGUUCGGCCGGGUGAGAGGAGGACGCCGACGCAAUCCCCGGAUGACGGUUCGGCGUCGAGUCGGAGGUACUCGCCAGGCGGGAACCGGUCGUCGUCGCUCGGGCUCACGCCGGACAACAAGCAGAUCACGCCGAGGCAGCGCGCGAUCGCGUACGCCGAGGCGAGGAGGAAAGGAGUGGACGUGGAUCUUCCCAGCCUGGGAGGCGAGGAGGGCGAGUACGUGCCGAGGGGUGGGAUGAGGCACAGAGGCGCGCUUCGGUGA